AUGAGCCAGAUUUCACAGGCGGUGGGUAUUCAACAUCAACCGGGCCAGUUUCCCUCACAUACCAUUGUCAAUCCUAAUGACUGCAAGGAUUGCAAAGCCAUCAAUCUAAGGAAUGGCAAAAUCUAUGAAGGUUCAACCAUGCCUGCAGAGAAGGAGAAGAUCUCGCAAGAAGAGCGUGUGCAGAAGAAGAAGCUAGAUGAUCAGUUCUUUAGAUUUCUUGACAUUUUCAGAAAGGUACACAUCAACAUUCCGUUGGUAGAGGCGUUGCAGCAAAUGACUAGCUACGCCAAAUUUUUGAAAGAUGUUAUCUCCAAGAUGAGGAGAUGGAUGGAGCACGAGACCGUCAAUUUGACGGAGAGCUAUAGUGCCAUUAUCCAGAAGAAAUUGCCCGCUAAGAUGAAAGAUCCUGGAAGCUUCACUAUAUCUUGCAUAGUGGGGGAUAUCCAAGUGGGCAAGGCACUAUGUGAGUUGGGAGUGAGCAUUAAUCUUAUUCCGUUCUCGUUCUUUCAAAAGCUGAAGAUUGGGACACUGAGGCCCACCACCAUCACACUCCAGAUGGCCGACCGAUCUGUGUCGUAUCCGAGGGGGAUUGUUGAAGAUAUACUCGUCCAAGUCAAUAACUUCAUCUUUCCUGUGGAUUUUGUGGUGCUUUAUAUGGAGGAAGACCGGAAUGUUCCUCUUAUACUGGGAAGACCUUUCCUAACUAUAGGGAAGGCAAUGAUCGACGUGUAG